CAAUUUCCCCACGCACUCACUCACAAAAUAUUACUAAUAAUUAUUAUGGUAAUAAAAAAUUCUGACGUCUUUGGCUUUUUUUCUUCCGAAUCCACCAUUGUACGGACUCGUCGAGGAAGAAUUCGCUAAUUCUGCUGCAGUAUCUGAGUUUCGGAUCUGAAUCCAAAAGUCUGUUUCUCACUCCUUUUCAUCUCUUGCAAUCAUUUGAUCAAUCAUUUUUCUAUUUUUCUUGUCAUAUUUCUUCCCCUUCUUUGAAUUUUGUCCAUCUAUAUUCUCAGUUGAAUUUUUGCUAUGGCUGCCGAAAUCUGACUGCCAUGAAGAAGAAGCUCGAUACCCGUUUUCCCGCUGCCCGAAUUAAAAAGAUCAUGCAAGCUGAUGAGGAUGUCGGGAAGAUUGCUAUGGCAGUUCCUGUUUUAGUCUCUAAAGCUUUGGAAUUGUUUCUCCAAGAUCUUUGUGACCGUACAUAUGACAUAACUGUGCAAAGAGGAGCUAAGACUGUUAGUUCAUUGCAUCUCAAACAUUGUGUACAUAGUUAUAAUGUGUUUGACUUUCUCAAGGAAGUAGUCAGUAAAGUUCCUGAUUACGGUCAUUCAGAUUCUGCAGCUGAUGUGUCGAAAAGAAGGAGAGUUGUUGCCAGUGAAUCUAAUGAUGAUGAAGAGUCCAAAAGGAACAUCAUGCCUGAAACAUGUCAGGCAAGUAGCAGUGGCAGGGGAAGAGGAAGGGGUAGAGGAAGAGGGCGGGGACGGGGCAGAGCGGCAGAGAGAGACCUCCCUCGACUUGAGGUUGAGACUGGUGGCCCUACUAGCACUCCACAAAGCGUCAAACAAGUCCCAAGUCCUGGGAGGCCAAUGGAAGAUGGCUCAGAGUUGAAGGAAUCACCAAAAGAGCUCAAAGUUAACGACGGUGUCAGCUCCAACUCAAGGAAUUUUGAUCUGAACUCUGGAGUUGUCACUGACGACAACUCCGAGAAACCAGCUUCUGCAGCAGCAGCAGCCUCUACAUCAACAGGACCUACCCCUGAUGUGAAAAGUGAGGAGUAUCCUGGCCUUUCUGAAAUGGAUAGGAUGGUUAUAGAUCCUGUUCAUCUUGCUCAGAUCGGUUCGGGACUGGAUGACGAUGAGGAAGAUUAUGAUGAAGAAGGUUAGAGUAGUUUGAAAGAAGAAGAAGGCUAAUCCGCUAGGAUCAGAUUUAGGUAAAACUCAAUACUUGACAAGACAGAACAUCAAUGUCUAAGCUAGGAGGUUUAAUUUGUUUACGUUGUUAGCUUUCUUCUAUGUUUCCUCCACAUGUAUCAUUAUGUGUUUACUAUCACAGAUCAUACACUUAGUUUUAUAUCAAUGUGUACAAUCGCCACGGACGAGCUUAUUUCAUCUAAAUCCUACCGUACUACAACCGUUGGGUACAAAAA